AUGCCUACGGAUCACGAGUCCACCAUAGAGGACACCCAUCUCAGCAAUGUGCUAAGCAUGCGUCUGGGACCCGACGACCCUCUCGACCACCUACCGUACGCCAGAGAAGCGUCCUUCAAUUCGUACACUCAACAGCACGAGCCUGUCUGCCUCCCUGACACCCGCGUUGACCUCCUGCGCGAGAUACAUAGCUGGGCAGAUGGACAAGACGAUCGGUGCAUCUUCUGGUUAAGCGGGCUAGCAGGCACGGGCAAGUCAACGGUUGCGCGGACGGUUGCGCGCAGCUAUCACGAGAAACAGCGUCUGGCGGCUAGCUUCUUUUUCUCACGCGGCAGCGGCAACGUAGGCCGUGCGCGCAAAUUUGUUACGAGCAUUGCAGUAGACAUUGCGAACAAUGUGCCAGCAUUACGGCAGUACAUUAGCGAUGCAGUUGAGAAGCGCACCGACAUUGCUAACAAGUCUCUGCCGGAACAGUGGUACCACCUUGUCUUCGCUCCAUUGUCGAAGCUUGGCGAGAGCGACUACCCAGCGUCAGCCCCGCUCGUUCUGGUUGUAGACGCGCUUGAUGAAUGCGACUGGGAGGAGAACAUCCGUAUCAUCUUGUGGCUGCUGUCCGGAAUUCCAUCGCUCACGAGAGACCGGCUGCGGGUGCUGCUGACAAGCAGGCCUGAAAAGCCGAUCCGAGACUGGUUCCGCCGCAUACCGGAAGUAGAGCAUCAAGACGUUGUGCUGCAGCACAUAUCGCGGUCGAUCGUCGACCACGAUAUAGCCCUUUUCCUACAACACGACCUCCAGCUUACUGGACAUAAACUCAAUCUCCCUGCUAACUGGCCAGGUGCAGAAAUCAUCGCGCAGCUGGUGCAGAGCGCAGCCGGCCUGUUCAUCUGGGCCGCCACUGCGUGUCGCUUUAUCCGUGUUGGAAAGCGCCUUGCACCUAAGAUUGCAUCUCAGAGGCUGGAGGCGAUUCUGCGCAACGACGGCGAAGUUACUACCAGCCUAGAAAAGCUCCUCAACCACAUCUACACCACAGUGCUAGAGGACUCGAUCCAGAACCGAGGGUACACAAUCGAAGAAGAGAAGGAACAACUGAUAAACAUCCAAUAUGUUCUAGGAAGUAUAGUAGCGCUAUGCUCUCCUCUCUCUAUGCAGUCUCUAGGUCAGCUACUAGACGUUGCAGAAGAGAUUGAACCGGCACUAGAAGACCUCCACGCCAUUCUCGACAUCCCGGAUGAUCAAAGCCGGCCAAUCCUCCUGCAUCACCCCUCGCUCCGCGACUUCCUGUUCGACCAAAAUAAAUGCGGCGACAGGUUCUAUAUAGAUGAGGAGAUCGCUCACAAGAAGCUGGCGCGUUGCUGCAUCAAGCUCAUGUCGGCGCCUACAAGCCUUCGACAGAAUAUAUGCAGUCUCUCUGAGCCUAGCACCCUAGCAAGCGAGACAGGAGAGGACAUAGUGGCUAUUAGCCUGUCAUCCGAGCUGCGAUAUGCGUGCCGGCACUGGGUCGAGCACCUCGAGCACAGCGAGCAGAAUAUCAUAGAUGGAGACGCAGUACAUGUCUUCCUUCAGCAUCAUCUUCUACACUGGGUCGAAGCGAUGAGUCUAAUGGGAGAGACGGCUCAGUGCGUGGGCUUGCUGUUCGUACUAGAGGAACUAGUCGCAUCAUCUGCAAGCGCUUCUGGUCGUCUUGUGCAUGACGCAUGGCAAUUCGUAUCGCAAUUCGAAUCGGCACUAGACGAAUUACCUCCCCAGGUGUACACGCUAGCUCUUGUUUUUGUACGAGAGAAAGAGCUAUUAGAAACGGCGUCUACCCUUCGAGGGCAGGAUAGUGUCGGCGGAAGCCAGUCCGAAAGGCUUGUGCAUGAAGGAAAUGUGCUGAACCAUGAGAAAGACGACAUGUCAGAUGAUGAUGAUCCUCUUGAAACUAGUUCAGUCAGUUCACACAUUACGACAGCACGUGAGAAAGAUGCAAAGGCCCACGUCGCAUAUGUGCUUGCAAAUGAUCCAGAACUCCGUGCGUUGUGCAGCAGGGUAGUGAAUGAGCUGGGCAAAGCUGAAUUUGCUAAAGAAGGGCGAAAGCUGCUCAAAAGUUUUUACUGUGGCUUGCUCAUGGAUGCUAGGACCCAACUGGAAAAGCAAAGCGUUAGUCUACUGAAGUCUCGAAACGGAAGGAUAAGGAUAAGCAGCAAUAUUGCAGAGAUCAUAAGUUCACCUGAUGUCGAACACAGUGAAGCAGGAAAGAGAGCUGAGGAGCAGAUUCGCAUGCGGAGAGAGCGCCUGGAGAUAUGGGCGGAAGAUUACACGCACACAUCUCACGCCGAUGAAGACUCACGUGAGUGGGACGCAGUGCAACUUCGGCUUGUUGAAAAGGUAAACGGACAGCCUGAGGAUUUCGAGCAUGCGGACUCCGGAACUAGUCAUAGCGGCGAUUCAGUCGUGGGGUUCGACUUGGAGGGCGAGACGAAGGAAAACUUCAUGACAAAAGUCACUGAGAUGGAAAACUUCUUUCGCAACUCCAGGUCGUUCGAGGUUUUACUUGAUGGGUUUCGGGAGCUGCUUCUUCCACAAUCACUCAGAGAUAUCCUGCCUGCAACUUCCGUGGAGAUCUCAACUGAGGAGGAUAAGUCGAUCAGCAACCAGAUGAAAUCGCUCGUUGAAGACUUCACGAUGUUAGAUUGGGAUUGGUGGCCUCUGACGCCCCGUAUGAGAGCCCUCAACCCUAACGAAAAACGUCUUAUCUGGAAAUGCGUGAGUAGAGACAUCGUGCACGGUGACUAG